AUGAAGUAUCAUGGUGGCACUAUCAAAAACGUACGGCAAGCUGUGGAACAAAUGAAUGGCUCACUUCAAAUUGGAAUCGCUCUCGACACCAAAGGACCUGAGAUUCGUACUGGGUUACUGACCGGUGGAGCAACCGCCGAGGUCGAGCUCGUCAAGGGCAAAUCAAUUACUCUCACAAUCGAAGACAAGUAUAAGGAGGCGUGUACUGCGGAAAUGCUGUAUCUGGACUACAAAAACAUUACCAAGGUUGUGAGCAAGGGAUCCCGAGUGUAUGUCGACGAUGGUCUCAUUUCACUUGUUGUCAACGAAAUAAAGGAUACUACAAUCGCGUGCACUAUCGAGAACGGUGGAAUGCUGGGAAGUCGCAAGGGUGUCAACCUUCCUGGGACGAACGUUGACUUGCCAGCUGUUUCUGAAAAAGAUAUCUCG